AUGGGGCCUGGGGACAGGGCCCAGUGCCUGCGCUGUGGCCCAGAGCUGAGCUGCUGGGCAGCUGGCCGUGGCCCCACGCAGGAGCACCAUACACCCCACACUCUGUGUGGUCACAUCGUGGGCCCGGACACCUGGGGAGACCGGGACCACGUGGAUGGGCAGAUCCUGGGCCAGCUGCGUCUCCUGGCAGAGGAUGAAGAGGAGGAGGGGGUGGGGGCCGCCUCACAUGCAGGGGCUGCCUUUCCAGGGAUGGGCUCAGAGGAGCUGCGGCUGGCCUCGUUCUACGACUGGCCGCCAACCACUGGGGUGCCACCUGAGCUGCUGGCUGCCGCCGGCUUCUUCCAUACGGGCCAGCAGGACAAGGUGAGGUGCUUCUUCUGCUACGGGGGUCUGCAGAGCUGGGAGCGAGGCGAUGAUCCCUGGACCGAGCACGCCAAGUGGUUCCCCAGGUGUCAGUUCUUGCUCCAGUCAAAAGGAAGGGACUUUGUCCACAGAGUCCAAGAGUCUUAUUCUCAUCUGUUUGGCUCCUGGAACCAAUGGGAAGAACCAGAAGAUGCAGCCCCUGCCACCCCUUCAGCUCCUGUCCACGAGGGUCCUGAGCUGCUCACACCCAGAAGAGACAUCCCAUCAGAAAGCGCCAGGGAGCCAGGAGCUGGCGACAUGGAGGAGCAGCUGCAUCGGUUGCGGGAGGAGAGGACAUGCAGGGUGUGCCUGGACCGCACUGUGUGUAUUGUCUUCGUGCCCUGUGGCCACCUGGCCUGUGCUGAAUGCGCCCCUAGCCUGCAGGUGUGCCCUAUCUGCCGGGCCCCCGUCCGCAGCCGCGUGCGCACUUUCCUGUCCUAG